AGAGUCGCCGUUUUCCUGCACCAGGCGUCGCGAGUGUCUUUGAAGACGCGCGAGAAACGAAAAGCGAGAAGGGGCCACCGCGGCAACUUGUCCGCGCAUGUUCGGCCUCACCCGCGGCGGUGCAUCGCUCGGUGACAGAGCCCGACACAGCGCUGCUGUCGGCAGCUCAGACGUUGCUUUCUGGAAGACACACCGUGGUCGCGCAACACCACUUUUGGCCUCGCGUCCUCUCUUCAGUUUGCUGGUUUGACCUAGCGCCGAGCUGUGCUCUUCGCCGUGAUGAACCGUCCGGUCGUGCCGGUCACUUCGCCGUCGCCACUGCUGCUGCUGCUGCUGCUCGCUUCACUCCUAGCGCCGUCCGUUCCGGAAGCCCUGCCCUCAGAGACCACUUCAGUUCCCAAACCACAAAGUCUCGGCUUUCCGCCGAACCUUGGACUAGGUGACCUUGCCAUUGCGAGCUGCUUCGUCAAAGCCAGCACGUCGCCGGGUCAGACGCUGGCACUGAGGUGGGACAAAGACGGCCGUGAACUGGUCUCCGACCAGCGCAUCGAAGUGCACACAACUUCGGCGAGCGGAGGCAUCAUGUUGAGCAUCCGCAACUUGCAGCCAGACGACGUUGGCAAUUACACGUGCACAGUUCGAAGCCCCGGGGGAUCUCGAGGCGUCACCGUACCACUCGUGGUCACCGGUAAGCCACGAAGGAAACAUAUAGAGCUGUAG